UCUCAUCUUCUGCUGCCAGAUAUUACGUUUUAACUCACGACAUAUACUACUUAUAUCAAUAUAAGUAGCACACACCACAGCAACACUUGGCAUAGAAUAAAACUGAAUUCUAUGUAAGGAGUUGUUGUUAACUGUAGAGUUAAUCUAAGACAGUAAAUGGAUCAGAAAAAAUGGCACAAAAUUUCCAUAAAGACAAUAUAGGUUCACCUCUGCGUGUCUAUUUUCUACAGAUACUGCCAGUCUCAAGCCCACACAAAGAAGGAGGGUUGGGUUUGGGGUCGGCAAACAUGAACCGUAGAGAACAAUCUUGCUAAACAAGUUAAACCACUUAAACUCUUUUGGUUGAAGGAAGAAUUAUAACUCCUCAUGAUGAAAGCCGAGAUUCUUCGGAAGUCACGAGGCCAAUGUUUCUUCUAACAACUAGAACAACAAUUUUUGUAGAUACAUGGAACGUCCAGACAACGUAGGAAACCGAGAGGAUCAGUCAAAUAGCAACGGAAAUGAGGUGAUUCAACUUGGUGGUUCUCAGAUUCAGCGAAACUCAUUGGACCCAAGCUGGGCAGCAAAGGUUAGGUACGGAAGAGAUGCUGUUGUAUUCCGGUCACGAAGAGAAAAAUACUCCACAAACUCUGGGAGUUACUCUGAUGCUGCCCAACGAAGCACGAAAUACACUUAUAGGAUGGGAAUCUCAUGGACCCACGACCAUCAAAGCAUCCUUCAAAACAAAGAAGGAGCGAAUUACAAUGAAUGUUAUCCAGUGUUAUGCACUCACCAAUGAUGGCAAUGAUGACGAUGAAGAUCAAUCAUAUUUGCAUCAGGAAAAACAUCACAAGGUCAAUGGAGGACGUGAGAACCAGAAGAGGAUUUGAAAUAGCCUCAGAUUACCACCUAGUUGCGGCCAAGAUGAAAUUGACGCUAGAGAAGCAUUGAAAAACUGAACAAACAGCAUUACAAACGUUCAGUAAGCCUUUCUUCGAGAUACUGACAAACUGAACGAAUUCAAGGUAACUCUUAACAACAGGUUCCAAGCCUUACAGGAGCCACUGAAGAAGAAACUACUAUGGAGGACAACUGGAAAGGGACCAAAGAAGCACUAACCUCAACGCGUCAGGAGGUCCUGGUCCGCAAGAAGCAUCAUCAUAAGGAAUGGAUCUCUAUAGAAACCCUGAACAAGAUUCAAGAAAGGGAGAACAAGAAGACAGUAGUUAACAACAGCCGAACAGUAGCAGGGAAAGUCAAGUCACAAGAGGAAUACACGAAAGCAAACAAGUAAGUUAAAAAAGUAUAAGGGCUGAUAAGCUGAAACAAGUGGAAGACAUAGGAUAGACG